CCGGACGAUGAUGAAGCUCAAGUCGAACCAGACGCGCACCUACGACGGCGACGGCUACAAGAAGCGGGCCGCGUGCCUGUGCUUCCGCAGCGAGAGCGAGGAGGAGGUGCUGCUCGUGAGCAGUAGCAGACAUCCAGACCGAUGGAUCGUCCCUGGAGGAGGCAUGGAGCCCGAGGAGGAGCCCAGUGUGGCGGCGGUCCGAGAAGUCUGUGAGGAGGCUGGAGUAAAGGGGACAUUGGGAAGAUUAGUUGGAAUUUUUGAGAACCAGGAGAGAAAGCACCGGACAUAUGUCUAUGUGCUCAUUGUCACAGAAGUGCUAGAAGACUGGGAAGACUCCGUCAACAUUGGAAGGAAGCGGGAAUGGUUUAAAAUAGAAGAUGCCAUGAAAGUGCUUCAGUACCACAAACCAGUGCAGGCGUCAUACUUUGAAACGUUGAGGCAAGGCUACUCGGCCAACAACGGCACGCCAGUGGUGGCCCCCACAUACUCGGUUUCCUCUCAGAGCUCCAUGUCCGGCAUCAGAUGACUGAAGACUUCCUGUAAGGAAAGCGGAAAUUGGAACCUAGACUGAAGUGCAGACCUUCCCUCUCCCCCUCGCUCUUCCGCCUCCCCUUCCGGCCUCCUCUCUCAAUAAGGCAUGACAGGCCGCAGAGAAAGGGUUCAUUGAUACUGUAGAUGUUUGAUGUUAAAUGAUGGGGCUUUUUCUUCUCUUUUUACGAGGGGGGGGUGGGUGUGUAAUUUGUAAGUACUUUUUUGCAUGAUCUCUCCCUCCCUUUCACACCCCUGCACUUCUCUAAAGGGGCGCCAGGCGCCUUCCCUCUGCCCUGGAUUCUGAAAUGUUCCUCUUUGUCUCAUCUCAGGCCUAGCCAGACAGACAUUUCUUUUUUUAUUUUGAUUAUUUCUUUCUAUUAAAAGACACCAAGAUCAGAUGAAAGAAACCUUUCAAGAAUUCAUCUUAUGAUAUCCAGUCAGUUGGUGACUGUCUCUGAAGUGUCCAUUUAUCUACACAUUAUAUACCUAACAUAUAAUGUGUUGAUAAAUGUCUUAUAGACAAGGAAUUUAAAAUUUUUUUAAGGUUUUUGUUUUUUUUUUAAAGGGGGGCAUUGUUUAAAUGGAGAGCUUGGCUCAUAAUCUUUUUUCUUUUCUUUUCCUUUUUUUUUUUUUUUUGGCUAGGCAAAUUUUUCUGUUCUUUCUCUUUUCUGCAGCCAUUGGCUGUAGUUAUUAGGAUGGGGGGAGACUUUAGUUCCCUCCAUAAUGCCCCCAGGACUCAUGGCCUUCUCUUCGCAAAGCUGUGUUUCCAUGCCAAGAAAGAAACAGGAAGAAACCUAUUUUCUUUUUAUUACCAACUCAGAAGCUAAUGGCCUCAGCCCAGAUCCGGAGAAACAAUGAUAGAGAUUGAAUUCCUCAAGUGAUGUAAUAGGGAUUUGAACUGGAUUCUUGGUAUUGCUGUCUUUAAAAACUGGAGCAUUGGGCGCUGUUUCUAUCCUGUUGGUCUGGGAGUUUUUUCCCUCAGUGCUAUUUAUCGCCCACCCCAACUGCUCCCCUUCUGCAUACAGCCUUACGCCGUGCUCAGCUGGACAUGCUCCCUGGGCUUAGGCAAGCCCAAGUGCACUCGGCGACGGCAGCUGUGCAGUCUCAUCCGGUCCUGGGUACCCGUACUAAGUUCCUGAGAAGUAUAUGGGGGGGAAAUUCAGGUGUUUGCGAUUCUUUGUCAAUGUUACAACCACUUGUAAUUGCACCACAGAGCAUGCUCGGAAAUACUCAGCGUGUCUCCUGCCCUGCCAGGAAAGGUCCAGCUUCUGCCGAAAAGCAGGCUCAGAGAAUGUCUGAUCCUUUACUAGACCAAGGCAUUGACUCCCUGAAAAAUGUCUUGGUUUUGAUAGAUGUUUUGUGCCGGCUUCAUUUGCCAGUUGUGCCAUGCAGAUGGUGUGGAGGGGGGGCUGUUCCAGAAGGCAGACCCUGAGGAGUCCCUGGCUGGCAGCAAAGAGCCUGUUGCAAUCUUUCAGUGGCCAAGAUGUGAAAUGAAAACCGUAGUUCUCUUUAUUUAAAAUAUUCUAAUAAAUACUCAAAUUUUGGAAA